GCCAUUGCUGGCCUUUUGCUCUGUGUUGCUGGCAUAGCUAGCGCCGUAGAGCCAUGUGGACAGGUUGCUGAGAUCCAACGGGAGCGGAAGAAGGAGGACCCAGAUGUUACCGAAUUCAAAAUCCCGGCAAACCUCGCUCAUGCAUGUCUCCUAUCUGUCCCUUUCAACGUAAACAACAGUCUACGCCUGCUUGAUGGGCUGAGCUACUUCUGGGAUUCCCAGUCGACCAAGGGCUGGUUGCCUAACCCACCAAAGGGGUAUGAUCUGCCUCCCACGGAUCUCGACGCAGGUCUGGAGAAGAUUCGCCAGAAGGCGCUCAGCGGUGGCUACACGGGCGAGUACAUGUUUCAGUUAGACUUGCAAACCCUGGUUACAUCUGUCCACGACGGCCACUUCCACAUGGACUUGGACCUGCUCACUGUCUUCUCCUUCAUUCGCUACGACGUCGGCUCCUUAGUUUCUCUUUCAUUGAGAGGAAAGGAUUUCCCAAGGCUCUAUGUACUGGAUGAUUUAAAAAAGUCAAGCAAGCCAUCAGCCAUUGGCAACAAACACGCCAUUGAUCCCAAAUCUGCCGUCAAAACCAUUGAUGGCGAAGAUUCCGUGAAAUGGAUGGAGGAGUGGUCCCUCAAUGGGGGUUCCCAGGACCGCGAUGCCCUUUACAACCAAAUGCUUGCCGGCCUCCCUCGAGUCCCGCACCGCAGACGUGGUGGUUUCCGCUACCCAGGGAGUGUCUACCCUGGUGACAAAACUACUCUUGGUUUCUACAACGGGACUGUGAGAGACUUCUCAAACUGGGCCUUUUUCGAUGUUUCCUUUACUGGCGUCAAGGACGGUGAAACCUUCUACGACAAGUUCUGCACCGGAAGAGAUGAUGAAUCAGGUGUUAAUCGAAUGGGCGGCCUUGAUUACUAUUUUAAGGAAUCGGACAGGAAAACUCCCCGAUUGAUUAGCAGCCCUAUCUCGAACCCACAACCACCAUCCCGCCUGGCCGCCCGCGAACUUCCUCCGUAUGUUAAGCCAGACGUGAAUUCCACAGACGGCAUCGUUGAAGGCUACUUCCUGAAGAACAGGUUCCCCCGUACUGCUGUGCUUGUUGUCAAAGAGUUCAUAGCCAAGGGCAACACCACUGAGAUGGACCUCAGCUAUACGAUUGCCGCUUUCCUGGAGCAGUGCAGAAAAAUGAAGACGAAGAAACUUAUCAUUGAUGUCAGCGGAAAUGAAGGUGGUCUGGUCUUCCUCGGCUAUGACCUCUUCAAGCAGCUCGUUCCAAAUGGGAAGAUAUUGACCCCUUCCAACAUGCGUGCCACUGAGCAAUUAAACGCCGUUGGCACCAGAGCCAACGAGCUCCUUAAUAAACCGCUUGAUCCCAGGGCUGCUGAAGCAGAAAAUUUGAGAUACUCCGGCUACGAUCUUGAUACCUACAUCACUGUCGAUGGCACCAAAUUCCCGUCCUGGCCCGACCUCUACGGACCAGAGAUUCUGCCACAAGACAACUACACCCAUCCCACCAAAUGGGACCUCGACAACAUCAAAAUGACUUUGGCCACCGGCCCUUUUAUAGUUUCUGGUUAUGGAAAUCGUACUAAAAUCCCUCCAUCUCCUUUUUCAAUGAGGGAUAUGGUCAUCGUCACCGAUGGUAUUUGUGCAUCUACCUGCUCCAUCUUUACCGAUCUUAUGAGACGUCAUGGCUCGAAGUUUAUUGCCGUUGGUGGUCGGCCUCAACAUGGCCCAAUGCAGGCCGUGGGGGGUGUCAAGGGUGCCAACGUCCUCACGUACAGAUACCUAUAUUACGUUAUAUGGCUUCUCUACGAGAAGCUAUCUACAGUUGAAGAGCGGGCUUUACUGGAAAAGACUCGAGUUGGCAAGAUGUACCAUAUUGGGUUAUACGUUUUGGGUCGAAUGGCAACAAGGGGCAAGAAUGCUGCUGUCAACUUUCGCAAUGCCAUCUGGAACGAAGACAAGGCCCGUACCCCUCGACAAUUUGUGUACGAGCCUGCUGAAUGUAAAACGUUCUUUACCCCGGACGCUCUCUAUGACCCCUUAGCUUGGUGGACACGUCUUGCCAAAUCCUGGUGGGGAUUGAAGGAAAUAUGUGUCUAG